UUCGGAAAUAGUGAAACUAGGUAAAAAAAUUAAGUGACGUAUAAAAUAUGAGUGUGAGUGAUUUUAUUGGGGUUAUUAAAAUGUUUAUAUAAAAUAAAACGGAAAGUGAUAUUUUGAACAUUUAUUUAUUUAUUCAAGAGUAGGCUGAAAAUACCUACGAAAAAUGGACCAAUCGCAGCGUGAGAUCGUAAACAAAUGCCUAUCAACGAUAUGUCAUUGUCUGGAUUAUUGAAAAACCUAAUAAACAUUGCUUGAAAUAGAUUUAAGUUCGAAAAUAUCAGUUUCUUGGUGAAUUUUAAGGAAAGAAGUGUUAAAAGUGACCAUUUUUUUUAUAAAAAAAAAUGUCGAAAUCGAAUAAUAUGUUGAGGACCCGUAGAAGAGAUAACAACGUGAAACCUAACAGAAGGGAUACCAGACAGAAUUUAAGGUUGGACAGAAAAUCUUCCAGGGGAAUGAUAUAUGAAAAUGAAGAACUUAGGUUAAAAACAAUUAAUAUAAACGCAGAAAUAGAAAGAGGGCAAUAUGACAUUAAAAAAUUGAAACGGGAGAACGAGCUACUAAAAAAAGAAAUAUGGUGCCUUAGAGACGAAUAUGAUAAGCUGGAGAAAAUUAUUAAAGAAAAAAAAAUUGAUUUUUCCUCGUCUUCUAGUAGUGAUAGCAGUAGUGAUACGGAAAGUUGCAGCUCGUGUAGUGAAGAUGGUGAGGAAGUUGAAACGUCGCAAAAUUUGGAAAACGUACAAAAAACAAACCUGAAAAACAUACAUCAAGAUUUCGAUAGUCUAUCUGUGGUACCAGAGGAGCCUAGUAGUGAAAACAAUUCGUUACCAAGAGAUUUUGAUGAUUGCAUUAAACCUGACCAAAGUUACCCCAUAUACGAGAAUUUAAAAAAAUCCCAAACACUACCUUUGGACAGACAGAGCAAUUUUUUUUCGAGUAUUAAACCUUGCAAAAGUUUCGAGCAAAUUCCAUUAUCACCCGGUCAGUUUUACUGUCAAACAAAUGGGCAUUAUCCAGCUACAAGUCAAAAUUCGGAUAACACCUUGGUUCUAAAUGGUUUGGAAAAAUCUUCAAGUGAUCUCAUCGUCAAAAUUGAUAACCAAGAUUUUGACCAAAUCAACUUUUCCAACACUCCAAGUCGUAGUACUUUUAGUAAUGGAGGAAAUCUGGAAGAUCUUCUAAACGAUAUAGAAUCUAUUUCUCAGAAACAAGGUCAAAAUAUUUUGGAGGAAAUACAUCAUCCAAACAUGGAUAAUUUAGUAAUGGAAAAUGGAACAAAUGAUGAACAAAAACCAUAUAAAAGUGAAUUAAACGUAGUAUUAAUGCCGAAUGCAAUGCCUUUGAUAGGUUUUGAUAAAUACAGAAACAUACAAAAGAGUUUUGAAAGUUUAAAUAACCAACCCAUAGAAGAUUUAUCGGCAUCCCAGCAAAAUUUAUCUUUAAUUCCACAAGAUGUUGAUAGCAAUCCGUUUUUCUUUGGUAAUUUCAAAGAUAACUAUGUUAACACAGACUACUUUAGCAUGAGAUAUAUUCCCGAAAAUUAUGACGGAAAAACCGCUCAAGAACAACUUCAUUCCUCAGGGCAAGUUUCCAGCGAAAAUGAAGAAAUUUUGAAAUUCAAGACCAGUCAAGGCAAAGAAAAUACGGAAAAUGUGGAAAAAAAAUCGCCCAAAAUGAGUUUAACGAAGAAAGUGUCCAUACAUUUCAAAGGGAAAAAAGACAAGACGAAAUCUAGCUCGAAAACCAGUCAAGAUUUUGAUGCAAAAUUAAGUGAUAAAAGUAAGAGUUUUCACCAACAAACACCCAGUAUAGAGUCGAGAAAUAAAAGCAGUGAAAUUGGCAACACUGUUGAACCCAACACUCCAAAUAGUUCGGAUAGUAAGACCAGCGUAGACAAAAAAUUAUCAAAUGAGAAAAAAGAUGCAAAUGAAAAAAUUUCAAAGGAAAAAGACAAGGACAGAAAAAGCAUAUCCACAAGUCCAGAUAGAAAGCAGAAAGAAGGAGAUCACAAAAAGCACAAAAAACACAAAAAAUCUGAUAGAACAAAAGGCAGAAAUUCUCUAGCAGUUGAGUCAAGAAUUUACAGAGAUCGUUCCUAUUCUGUUUGUACGGAUAGAUCUUUGGACCAUAGAAUGAAUUUAGGCGGUAGUUUUAUCAUGUAUGAUGAUUACAGCGACAGAAAUACGUUAAGUAGUUGCGAAAGUCUAAAUCCUCCUAGAAAAAUGUCAACUAUAAGUAAUGUUCCUUUAAACGGUAAAGUGCCAUGGUGCGGCUGUUGGGGGAAUGGUUGUCUUUAGGCUGACUUAAAAUAUCUUUAUUUGGAGUUUGCACAGUCCUUUUUACAAUACCAAACUAAAUAAGAUCACACAUAAUACAUUUUUACGAAUAUCAAGCUUAAUAUUGGCGGCACAAAAAAAUAUGCAUUAUGAAAGUUGUAGAUCUAUUAAUUAUCUACAAAAAAAGUUAUAAUAAAUUUUUACGUAAAAU